UUUACCACGAACAAUCAAUAUUUUGUUUAAAUUCUCAAUCUACCGCAAUGACGAGCACUUAUCUUAURCAUUUAUUAUAGCCCUUCAAAUCAUGCAAAAUGUUCCCAACGGUGUAGCAGUCCAUUUGUGACUUUUAUCUGAAAUCACACGAAAGAAGAUUACUUAUUUUUAAAAUGGAGGGUUACAAGACCGAACAGUUUGUGGAUAAAAUAGACGACAACCUCUUGUGUCCAAUAUGCCACGACGUUCUGCGAGAUCCCAUCAUGAGUUGUGAAGAGGGACAUUCGUUUUGUCGAUACUGCAUUGGACAGUGGUUGAGGAGUGUCGAUAGGUGCCCCUUGGAUAACAGCUUGAUUGAAGACCGGAAUUUCUCGCGUAACCUUACUGUUAGAGGCGUCAUAGAUAACCUAAAAGUUUAUUGUCAUCCCCAAAGAGAAGAUAAAAAUCAUAAUCAGGAGUCAGCUCCAGUCGAUGUAG